AUGGGUGGCGCGAAACUCGCGCAUUCCGUGACAGGGCGUGGACGAGAGCGCUGGCGCGACGACCGCCGUCCGCCCCGUCGUCUCGUGCGCACGAACGAUGGCAAAGACGUGCCCCAACUGGCGGGCGAAGGCGUCUACGGCCUCCACAGCGUGCGUCAGGCCCUCGAGAGCGGCCACCGAAACGUGCACGCUCUGUACGUGAGAGAAGAGCUCUUGCGGACGACCGAUGGGCGUCGGUCGCUGACAAAGAGCGCGUUGGAAGCGCAGGCUCUGGGCCGCGUCAAGGAGCUGGCGCAAGCGAAUGGCGUGCCGGUCCACGCGACGAGCAAGUGGAUGCUCAAUCACAUAACGGGGGACAAACCGCAUCAAGGUGUUGUUCUGGACGCGGCGCCACUUCAACUAAAAGCGUUUGUCCCGGCGAAACCGUCAGGUCUUGCCACGUCCACGCGCUCGCCGGUGAUUUUGGCCUUGGACGAGAUCCACGACCCGCAAAACUUUGGAGCGAUCCUCCGCUCUGCGCAUUUCUUGGGCUGUGCUGCCGUUGUUGUGAGCGAUCGAAACAGUGCGCCGUUGUCUCCAGCGGUCUCGCGCGCAUCCGUCGGAGCACUGGAAGUCCUGGUCGCUAAUGACAAAUUGCUGAAGGCGCGAGAUUUGCAUGAAGCACUUGCAAUCAGCGGCGAUCUCGGCUGGCGUAUCGUUGGCGCUAGCAGCGGACCCAACUCCAUCACCUCCACUAGACUGUCUUCAGAUGACACCCAACCUACGAUCCUGGUCAUGGGGAAUGAACAUCACGGUCUUCGUAAAAGCAUCCGUCAGUGCUGCCAGGACAUUGUCAUUAUUCCAGGACAAGCUGUAGAAGACAACACGCGCGUGGACUCACUCAACGUCAGCGUUGCGUCAGCAAUCUUGCUGUAUGAGCUCUUGCACCAUCAGGCACGAUAG